GAAGGAGACCCUCGAUGGAUCGUCGAGCAGAGAGCAGACGGAACAAACGUCAACAACUGGCACUGGACGGAGCGUGAUGUCAGCGGCUGGUCGUCGGAGCGUCUCCGUCAGCUGCUGUUGGCGGUGCGGGUGGAGGGCGCCGAGGGCGUGUGCCAGCUCACCGACGUCUCCAAACUGGACGGAGAAGCUUCCAUCAACAACCGCAAAGGAAAACUCAUCUUCUUCUACGAGUGGCAGCUGAGAGCUAACUGGCUGGGGACGUCAAGCAGCGGGGUGAAGUACAGAGGAACCGUGGACGUGGCCAACCUGUCGGACGAGAACGACCUCGACGACUUGGACAUCUCGGCGUCUCUGUGCAAGGACCAGCCCCCCACGCCGCUUCUCGACCUCAUGAAGAAGAAAGGGGUUCAGGAGGUCCAGAGGGCUCUGGGAGAGUACAUCUGCCAGAUUAAAUCAGAGUUCAGUCAGGGGAUGAUCCUGCCCACUGCUGACGGGUCGAAGCCCCUCCCCCCACAGAAAAAAACCCAAAUCCAGACCAGUAAAACUCAGGUAGACUUGAACAAGAUGAUCGGCCCAAGGUGCUCGUCUAGCCCCGCCCCCUGUCCCACGGGUGUUCGGAUCUCAACCCGCAGCUUCAACCUUGAGGAAACCUUCCAAACAUCUGCCGACGAGCUCUACAAGACUUUCAUCAACCAGGAGUUUGUUCAGGUGUUUACACGGUCAGCAGCGACAGUGGACGGGCGUCGUGGUGGGAGGUUCCAGCUGUUAGAUGGGAGCAUCAGUGGAGAGUUCACACAGCUGGUACCGGACCAGAGGAUCGAGAUGAGGUGGCGUUUCAGGACGUGGCCCAGCGAGCAUUACGCCACCAUCAUCCUAGAGCUGGAGGACCGGGGAGACGAGACCGAUCUGAGGAUGGAGUGUCGAGGGGUUCCUGCAGGGGAGGAGGACACCACCAGAGAGGGCUGGACCCGGUUCUACUUCCAGGCCAUCAAACAGACGUUUGGAUACUGAGACGGUGGAUCUUUAAACCCUGGAUAAUGACUGACAGGCUGAGAGGCUGUAGAGCUCUGAACCCAGGAGCUCGACUGACAGGCUGACUGAGCGUGAACUAGACCUGUGGAGUCCCUCAAGGGGGAGUCCUGGGGCCUCUGGUCUGGUUUUUAAAGAAGUACUCUGGUUUCUCUCAAUCAGGAUCACAUCAGUUUAAUCCUCAUGAAUCUCUUGAGACAGGCAAAGGUUAGCUGAGCUUAGCAUAAAUACUUGAAUGUGCUCGUGUGUUAUGAAAGAUUAGUUUACACCAGAACUUAAGACACAACAAAGACACAAGAAGCCGGACUACAGGAGGGUUGAUGAAGAAACACUUUUACUUCAGUUACUUUUUUCUCUUUUGUUAUGAGUUUAUCAUUAUUUGUUGUACAUUUCAUUGUAAAAAAAAAAAAAAAAA